CACGAUUGGUCCGCUUCGCUCAGCCGAGCGGCGGCUUUGCUGUCCCCGCGAUGACUUGCUCCGGGGCGGCAGCGGCUCGCUCCUUGUGGCGGCUGCGCGCGAGUACCCGGCGGCCCCUCUCAGCUUGUGGGAGAAGAAUUGGUGUGAGAUUUCGCAGUUCAGGAACGACCUUAGACGAUAUCAAUUGGGCGGCUGUGGAUAGAAUAAUCCGAGUGGAUCACGCUGGGGAGUACGGAGCGAACCGCAUCUACGCGGGGCAGAUGGCCGUGCUGGGUCGGACGAGCGUGGGGCCGGUCAUUCAGAAAAUGUGGGAUCAAGAAAAGGACCAUUUGAAAAAGUUCAACGAGCUGAUGGUUGCAUUCAGGGUGCGGCCGACGGUCCUGCUGCCCUUUUGGAACGUGGUGGGGUUUGCGCUGGGGGCCGGAACCGCCCUGCUGGGGAAGGAGGGCGCCAUGGCCUGCACGGUGGCGGUGGAGGAAUCCAUAGCUCACCACUACAACAACCAGAUCAGGAAGCUGAUGGAGGAGGACCCUGCGAAAUACGGGGAGCUGCUGCAGGUGAUACGGAAGUUCCGGGAUGAAGAGCUUGAACACCACGACAUCGGCCUCGAGCACGACGCAGAGCUGGCCCCGGCGUACUCCGUCCUGAAGAGCAUCAUCCAAGCCGGCUGCAGUGUGGCCAUCUCUUUGUCAGAGAGAGUCUGAGCUGUGUCCCCGUAGCCAGCUCGGGGAGGCGGGACAGCCAUUUUGCGAGUGGCUUGGACGGAGAAGGAGCUGUACGGUCCUCGUUGUUAAUUCUGUUGUUUCUGUCCUGUUUUUGCAUUAAUAAAGCGUUCAGCGUUGCUUUCGCUUUCGCCGUGAGGCUGACA